CCGACGCACACCUCGGUGUAGCUGCUAGAUUGAGGUUUCCGGGCAACUCGGCAAAAGCUCAGCACGUCCGCACGCAUUCCCUGAACCGUAGAUUCAUUUUAUUUCUCUUCCGUGGUCUGAUAUAGUUUAAUUUAAACUGUUUCAGCAAAAUAACCCGCUCUUGGGUAAAUAAAUCUUUUGGCAUCGUUCGCAGAGUUUAAACAGCCAGCGGGACAAUGGCCGAUCAGCUGACCGAGGAGCAGAUUGCUGAGUUCAAGGAGGCGUUCUCACUGUUCGAUAAGGAUGGUGACGGUACCAUUACCACUAAGGAGCUUGGUACCGUGAUGCGCUCUUUGGGUCAGAACCCGACUGAGGCCGAACUGCAGGACAUGAUCAACGAGGUAGAUGCAGACGGAAACGGUACGAUUGAUUUUCCUGAGUUCUUGACCAUGAUGGCCAGGAAGAUGAAGGAUACAGACAGUGAAGAGGAGAUCAGAGAAGCUUUCAGGGUCUUCGACAAGGAUGGUAAUGGCUACAUCAGUGCAGCAGAGCUACGGCACGUCAUGACCAACCUGGGUGAGAAGCUCACCGAUGAGGAGGUGGAUGAGAUGAUCCGUGAGGCUGACAUUGAUGGUGAUGGUCAGGUCAACUACGAGGAGUUUGUCCAGAUGAUGACAGCCAAGUGAAGAGAGCUCUGAACUUCCUCUCUAUGUUGCUUGUCCUACUAAAAUUGUCUUUAAGAACUUAAAAAAGGAACAAUCAUGAAACGAUAAAAGUACCCCCCCGUUAAAAUCUUGUACCCGUAGAAAUUUUUUUAAUGUGCGCUUCGAUACAUCCAACUACUUCUGAGGUUUCUGUUUAGCAAACACCGACAGAAUAAUCCCUAAAGAAGUUAACGGACCAAGCUUUAAAAGGGCCAAAGUCCUCCUCGUUCAGACCAAGAUUCUGCUGAGUCACCCAGCUCCUGAUUAAUUUAGAGGAAAGGGAAACACUGAGAAGGCAGUAAGAUAGAAAAUCAGUCUGUUUAAUCUGUAAAAGCAAGUUGGCUUUUUCUUCCCAGAUAGUUAUCAACCAAAAAGAACAACUGUCUUACGUCUGCGGUGACUAAAAACCUGAAUCGAGCUCUCUUUUUGCAUGCACCUUUUCCUCGUGUCACCAAAGAGACUCUGAACCCAUCAAGGUAGCGGUCAGAUUGUGUACACACUGGAGGUAUAUACAUAAACAUAUAGCUAUAUAUCUGUAACAUUUGUGUCACUAUUGAUUAUUGCAAGAGCAGUUAGUUGAAGUGUAGCGUGUUCACUGGUGCUCGGCUGAAGGUGAGGAACCUGGAAGAGUUUGGAGAAGAACAAGACCCUGAAACGAGCCGGAGGCUGUUUAUUAUUAUUUUUUCUUUUAUUUAUUUGUUUUUUUCCUUCAAUGGGAUGUCAUUUUCCUGUGUUUGGAAUUGUGGGCUUCGCGUGUCCCGCAGCACAGAUUGGAGACAGCCGUGUGUUGUUCUGUUUCAGGAUUGUGGGGAAAAAAAACACUCGAGGACUGCAGUUAAUCUAUUUGUUCAGAUAUAACGAGAAAAUAUUGAUGUAAUGCUUUUUAAACGUGUUCUCAUAUAAUAAUGUAUUGAUGACAAACUUUGGUUACAAGAUAUAUCUACAUAUAUAUUAGCGUAUCGUAAAGUUUGCAUUGCUUAUCGUAGUAGUUGCCGUGUGACAUGUUUUCUGUUGGGUUUUGAAAUGUGCCAUAAUACUCUUUAAAAUGUGCAACCUUUCUGCAAGGCUCGCAAUAUAUCUGCUUAUUACAGUAACAUGAAAAUACAUGCAGUCUAACAUAUUUGCACUUUGGUAUAAAUCACAUGGGUGUUGGAAAAAAAAAUUAAAAUAUAUAUAUAUAUAUAUAUAAAAAUAACCAAAUGCCACUAUUACUGCUGCUAAAAUGCUGUGUACGUUUCACACAUUUUCUGUAUUUGUUGGUGUCUGCUCUUCAAUUUGUAGUCCAGUGAUCAAACUUCAGUCUGCUUGUUGUUUUACUGAACAGAGUACAUAUACUGUAUAUUCUCAGAUACUACUCGUGGUGGGGCUGACGCGUUUAAUUUGGGCUUUUCAAGUGGGACGAGCAGACAGAGGACGGAGUUUUGUAGCAGAGCUGCAGUGUUAGGGGGUUUAAACUAUUGACUUCAAAAGUCUGAGGAAGAAGGUAGCUGGAGUAUUAUAUGAUUUAUGCAAAGUUUAAAUACUGCUUUGUUCAAGAUGUUUUUUUUUUUUCUCAUUUGGAUUAAAUCGAUUGGCUUUAAGCAUCUGAAAGUAUCUCACAAAUGUAAAAGAUGUGAUAUAUUUUCCAUAAACCAAUAAACUGACUAAGCUUU